AUGUUCAACCUCGUCGGAUCGAAGCUCGCUUCAUCUGCUCUCGCAUCGGCCAGGACCACGCUCUUCGUCCCCACCAGCUUCAACUCGCUCCGUCUCGCACGCCAGUCGUUCGCAUCUUCUCCAGUCUCCAUCUCGACCCGCGGCCUGCGCUCGCUCGCCGAUCUCGAAACCAUGACGACACCUCAGCAGACCGCCGGCGCUGCUGCCGGCUCGCACUCGAUCCUCCCCUCCAAGAUCCGACCCAAGCAGCCUGCUUCGGCACUCCCGCCUCCCUCGAUCAUCCUCACGCUCUCGGGACCCGAUGGACCCGGCAUCGUCCACCGCAUCUCGGGCUUCCUCGCGCGGCGAAACAUGAACAUCAUGGACUCGGCGCAGUUCGGCGACCCCACGACGGGCACCUUCUUCAUGCGCGUGCACGCAUCGGAGCCCGAGCCAGAGAACGGCUCGCACCCGGACCCCAAGGCAUCCGACUACGCGCAGAACCGCCAGGCGUUCCUCGCCAAGGUCAAGGCCGAGUUCGAGGAGGAGUUCGCCACCGCCGCCGAGGUGUCGGUCAAGAUCUUUGGCGCCGAGGAGAAGCCGCGCACGCUCAUCAUGGUCUCCAAGAUCGGCCACUGCCUCAACGACCUCCUCUUCCGCCUCUCGAACAACACGCUCCCCAUCACCGUGCCGCUCAUCAUCUCCAACCACGCCGACUACGAGCCGCUCGCCCGCGCCAACGGCAUCCCCUUCUACCACCUCCCCAUCAACGCCGCCGAGGGAAAGACAAAGCAGUGGCAGGAGGCUGAGAUGGUCAAGCUCGCAAAGCAGUACGACAUCGACAUGAUCGUGCUCGCCCGCUACAUGCAGAUCCUCAGCCCGCAGCUGUGCAGCCUGUUCAGCGGACGCAUCAUCAACAUCCACCACUCCUUCCUCCCCAGCUUCAAGGGCGCCAAGCCGUACCACCAGGCGUUUGAGCGCGGCGUCAAGCUCAUCGGUGCUACGGCGCACUUUGUCACGGCUGAUCUCGACGAGGGCCCCAUCAUCGAGCAGGCCGUCGAGCGUGUUGACCACGCCAUGACGCCAGCGGACCUCGUCCAGGCCGGCUCGGAUGUCGAGGCGCGCGUGCUCGCCAGGGCGGUCAAGUGGACCGCCGAGAGGAGGGUCUUGCUCAACGGCGCCAAGACGGUCGUCUUCAACUAA